AUGUCAACAAUAACUUUAUUUUGUAAUAAUUUAACUGAAAAAGCAGAAAAGAAAAUUGAAUAUGGAUUUAGACAACUUGGAUAUUCUGUCUCUUAUUGUCCCUGGACUGUUAUUUUUAUUUCUAUUUUGUUAGCUAUAUUGCUUGGUUCUGGAGCUGUUAAUUUUAAAGAAGUAAAUAAUGUUAGAGAUCAUUUUAGUGCAGAUAAUUCACCUAGUCGUUAUGAAUUUUUAGUUGCACGGGAAUUUUUUAAAGAAUUGGGAGGUUUAUUUCAUGUAGUUGUUGCAAUACAAGCAGUUGAUUUUGAGAGUUUAUUAAGGCCAAAAUAUAUAGACAAAGCUUUGGAAAUAGAGGAUUUUUUACAAUAUAAAUUAAAGGUAGAAGAUGAAGGCAAAUAUUAUUCUUAUAGUGAUUUUUGUGGUGCUCAAUGUGAAACUUCUGAUGCUGUAAAUAUUUUCCUGACAGUUUAUAGAGAUGUAAAGCAUCGAGGAAAGGGAAAUAAUAUUAAAUUAACUUUCCCAACAAUUGAUGUUUUUGGACAUAGAAUUUAUUUGGCUAAUAAUAUAUUUCAAGUACAAUUAAAUAAUAGAUCUCGCCUCGUUGAAGGUGCUAAUUUAAUAGCAAUUAAUUUCCAUGCAAUAUAUCCAAAUUCAACGAUGGAAAGAGUUAUGAAGAAAUGGGAACAUGCAGUUUCUAAUUAUGCUUUUGAAACUUUAAAUGAUCCUUUAAUUAGAUUAUUUGUUACUUCCGAAGGUUUGGUGUCUGAAGAAGUUAGAAGGACUGGAAUUGAAGUGUUGCCUUUAAUGCCUAUUAGUCUACUUGUGAUUAUGAUUUUUAUGGUGGUCAUUACUUCAUUAAAAAGUGAUCAAAUUAAAAGUAAACCAUGGGAAUCACUUUUUGGUGUUUUCUGUCCAAUUCUUUCAAUUUUCGCUUCUUUUGGAAUUUUAUUUUGGCUCAAUUUUGAAUUUUUACCAAUUGUUGUUGUUGUUCCCUUCCUUGUUUUGGCUAUUGGAGUUGACGAUGUUUUUAUUUUUCUUCAUUGUUGGGAAAAUACUGACCCUCAUAAAGCUUUAAGAGAAAGAAUUGCCGAUAUGUUGGGAAGUGCUGGGCCGUCAAUUACAAUUACUUCUUUAACUAAUUGGCUAAGUUUUACAAUUGGAAUAGCUACACCGACACCUGCUAUUCGGACAUUUUGUAUAUUUAUUUCAACGGCUGUCUUUUCUGCCUAUAUUUACCAAUUAUUUUUUUAUACGGCAAUUAUGACAAUUGGGGGGCGUAGAGAAAUGUCUGGAAGAAAUGCUUAUUUUUUAUUUUUUAAAUCCAAAAAAUUUAAACAUAUAAUUAACGGCAACAAUUUAAACAAAAAUUCAGGAAUUAAUAAAAAUAACAAAUUUACAAAAAUAUUAAUUCGUUGUUCAUCUAAUUUAAUUAAUAUUUAUGUUGAUUUUGUGAUGAGUUGGACAGCGAGAAUUUUACUUUUAUUUGUUAUGGUUAUUUAUUGGAGUUUUUCUGCUUAUGGAGUUUCUCAAAUCCGAGUUGGCUUAACUUCGGAAAAAUUAUUUUUGGAUGAUUCCCCUUUGCUAGAAUUGGUUAGAUUACAAACAAAUGUUAUAUUUAAAGAAGGAGGACAGAUGUCCGUAUUUAUUAACAAUCCUGGGGAUCUUCGACAUCCCGAGGCUGUACCCGAAAUUAUGAAAAUUUUAGAAAGAUUUGAGCACGCUUAUGGAAGUGUUGGAGCUUCAAGUACACAAAUGUGGCUAAAUACUUAUUUGCCUUUUAUUGGGUUACAAAAUAGAGGAUCAGUUGAUUUUCGAUACAAAUACCUCUACGACUUUUUUGCAAUUACUGAAUAUCAUCGUUGGAGUCAUUUUGUUAGUCUUGGAACUAAAGAAGAAUGUUUAAAUGAACGUCCUUCUUGUGUCCAUAAAUUCUUUUUUUCCACUGGCUUUAGAAAUGCUGUAGAAUGGAAGGACAGAUUAGAUUUACUUCAAAAUUGGAGGAAAUUGGCAGAUGAUUAUUCUCAUUUAAAUUUAACUGUUUACGAAGAUUUUAGUAUGUAUGCAGAUCAAUUGUUAAGUAUUCCUCCAGUAACUAUGCAGACAGUUGGCUUUGCACUUCUAUGUAUGACUAUUGUCCUUAUAUUAUUUACUCCUUCAUUGAGUACAAUAUUGCCGGGAACCGCUGCCGUCCUAUCAAUUAAUAUUGGGGUUUUUGGUCUUUUAUUUUAUUGGAGUAUUGAUUUGGACCCAAUUUCGAUGACAACAACUUUAAUGGCAAUAGGUCUUUCAGUAGAUUUUGUUGCCCAUAUAAGCUUUCAUUACUACAAAGGGGAAAUUGAAGACUGUAGAGAACGUUUGGUGCACGCAUUACGUUCAAUUGCUUGGCCUAUGCUUCAAGCAGCAUUAUCUACAGUACUUAGUUUACUCGUUUUAGUACAGGGUGCGGCAAAUUAA